AUGGCGCCUCCUCACACCAAAGUGGCCAUCAUCGGCUCCGGGCCUGCUGCCCACACCGCAGCCAUCUACCUUUCCCGUGCAGAGCUGAAACCCGUCAUGUACGAGGGCAUGCUCGCGGGCGGCACAGCAGCAGGAGGACAACUCACGACCACAACAGACGUUGAGAACUACCCGGGCUUCUCCAAGGGUAUCGGGGGCUCGGAGCUGAUGGAUGAAAUGCGGGCGCAGUCGAUACGUUUCGGCACGGAGAUCGUGACAGAAACAAUAGCGCGCGUCGACUUGACCUCCCGGCCAUUCCGCCUGUGGAUGGAAUAUAGCGAUGGCGAGAACGACGAACCCGCACAUACGGCCGACGCCGUCAUUAUCGCCACGGGCGCCAAUGCGCGCCGCCUGAAUCUGGCCGGCGAGGAAAAAUACUGGCAGAAUGGCGUGUCAGCCUGUGCGGUCUGCGACGGCGCGGUACCAAUCUUCCGCAACCGUCCGCUCGCCGUCAUUGGUGGUGGCGACUCUGCGGCCGAGGAAGCCAUGUUCCUGACGAAAUACGGCUCGCACGUCACGGUUCUGGUGCGCAAAGACAAGUUGCGCGCGAGCAAGACUAUGGCCAAACGUCUUCUCGCGAAUCCCAAGGUCACGGUGAAAUUCAACCACGUCGCGCUCGAGAUUCAAGGCGAGGAUAAACCACGAGGUCUGAUGACGCACCUAAAGAUCCAAAACGUGGUCACAGGCGAAGAGGAAGUGAUGGAUGCGAAUGGACUGUUCUACGCCGUGGGCCACGACCCAGCCACCGCGCUGGUGAAGGGCCAGCUGGAAACGGACGAGGAUGGUUAUGUGGUCACGCAGCCCGGAACCAGCUACACCAGCAUCCCCGGCGUCUUUGCCGCGGGCGACGUCCAGGAUAAACGCUACAGACAGGCCAUCACGAGUGCCGGGAGUGGAUGUAUUGCGGCGCUGGAGGCGGAGAAGUACCUCGCAGAUCUGGAAGAUGAUGACCAGCCGCAAUUGGAGAAAGAUACCCAGGCGAAGAAGCCGGAGGCCAACGGAGACAGCUCCGCGCCCGAGUAUCGCUCGAACCCGCUGUUGUGA